AAUGAGAACAAAGAUAAUGAUCACAAUUUUGUUCUUCAGCUAGUUGUUUACACUUGGUCUAGCUAUAGACUACUCAGUGAACCCUAUAAAUCCUGCAUAAGGUGCAAAUACAGUGGCUUAGAGUUAACCAGCUACAACAGGGCUAUGCCUCAAUGGUAUGCAUUAUGAUGAUUAUUCAUUUUAGGAUUUGGAUGGAAUGGCUAACUAUGUAUACCAUGUAUGUAGGUGAAGAAUGGGUAUUGCACAUGUACAAAAUAUGGAGGCUGCGAUACUAAAGUAUGCGAUUCUUCAUUAACAAAUUGCUAAGUUUUGACUAAUGGAUAAAACUCGUAUGCAUUAUGUUCUUAUUCAUAGAUACAUAUUAUUGAGAGCAACAGGAUGUAAUAAUUAUGCUUGGGGUGAUUCAAACACAUCAGUAAUUUGUACAUAAUGUUCAUCUGGAUAUUUUAUGGUUGGUAUGAUAAUAAUUGAAUAUUCAAAGCUGGAAUCUGUGUUUAACCAAACAAUUGUGCUUAGAUGAAUUUAGUUACAGGUACUUGUGAUACUUGUGUCGAUGGAUAUUAUUUCACUUAAAAUUUUCAAUUGUAAACUCUUUAAUCAUGGGAUUACUACUAAAAUAUCAAUUAAGUGAUUUGCAAUAAAUGUCUCAAUAAUUGUAAGAUAUGUACAUCAGGGUAUCAAUAUAAUUAUAUAUUAAAAAUAGUUAUACUUGUGUUUAAUGUAUGGAUUAAUACUAUUGGAGUCCAACAUAAUCUAAGUCUGCUUUAUCAAGUACUCAAAAUGAUAGUAAUGCUGGCUAAUGUUUGGCCUGUAAUGUUAAUAUACCAUCUUGUGUAAAAUGUUAAAAUUCAACAACAUGUGAUAAAUGUUUAGAUGGAUAUUAUUACACUGCUCCUUCAGAUUCAACCACUAAAGGAACUUGUACUAAAUGCAUGAGCAAUUGUUUAUCAUGUUAGAAUGCAGACACUUGUGAUACAUGUGAUACUGUCAACAAUUAUAUAUAUUUACAAGCAAAUAACUAAAAUGUAAUUAAUAUUAUAAUAUAAUUUAGUCAUGUGCUUUAUGUACUAGUAUAACAGGAUGCAAAACAUGUUCAACUUAAAGUGGUCAAUUAACAUGUACUGCUUGCUAAUCUGGUUAUGUAUUUGAUUCUCAAAAUGUUUGCAAAUAAUGUGAUGUAAAUUGUGCUUCUAAUUCAUGCUCUUAUACAAAUGAUCAAGUAUAAUGUAGUAAUUGUAUUGCAACAUUCGUAUUGAAAUCAAACACAAGUUGUAAUUCUUGUGGAACAGGCUGUUCAUCUUGUUCAUAUAGUGAUUAAGCAUAAACAAAAAUAACUUGUGGAUAAUGCUUUGAUAAUUACUAUAAAGAUGAUAACAAUGUUUGCUAAUUAUGUUCUUCAUCAAUAACCAGUUGUUAAAAGUGUAAUUUCAAUAAUUAAAAUACUCCAACUGUAACAUGCACAUAAUGUUCACCAACUACUAAACUUACUAAUAAUUCAUAACAAUGUCUGUCAGCUCCAUCCAAUUGUAUUGAUUUUAGUGUGACAAAUACUGCUACUUGUAAUACAUGUGCAGAUACCUAUUAUUUGGAUUCUGGUUCAUGUAUAUCUUGUGCUACAGCAAAUACCAGUUACUUAAGAUGUUCAAAGAGUAACAAUACAAUUAAUGUUAUUCAAUGUUAAAAUGGAUAUUUCUUAUUAAGUGGUUCAUGUGUAUUAGCCAAAGAUACAAAUACUUAAGCAACUAAUCUUACAUUAUAAACUUGUCAAACAAUUGCUUCUAAUAGUUAAUGUGCAACUUGUUUACCAGCUGCUUUAGGAAAUAAUCCUCCUUAAAAUGGAGUAUGCUCUUAUUGCAAUUGUAGUUCAAAAUAGAGUGAUUGCUAAGCAGAUGGUUCAAGUAAUCCAGGAUAAACUACUGUCACAUGUACACCUAAACCAACUUGUUUACCAGGAUUUUACCUUGAUGGUUCAUCUUGUCUUCCAUGUGCAUCAACUACUAACCUUACUGGAAAUUAAAACUGUUGUGGCCUUGGAUUGAUUUAUACACCCGGACCACCUAUUACUUGUGUUUAAUAAUAAAAUGCAACUGGAAAAGAAUAAUUAUUAGCAUCAAAUGCCAAUGCUUUCACAUGUGAUAUUGGAUAUUAUUAUAACUCUACUGAUAAAAAAUGUCUCACUUGUAUAAAUAAUUGUGAUAUUUGUGAUGAUGGUACAACAUGUAAAACAUGUUCUCUAAAUUACACAUUAAUCAAAACUAGUAAUAAUGGUGUAUAAUGUGUGUUGAUCAAGUGUCUCGUAGUUGAUUCAACUAAGGGAUGUACUUCUUGUUAAUAUGGAUUUUAUUUAUCAACCAUUAAUGGUAUUGGAUAUUGCUUAUAAUGUUUGUCUCCACUUACUAAUGUAAUACAUAUGAUCUAUUUUCUAUUAGUCAAUUUGCAGACCAUAUUCAAAUUAAGCACCUAAUGUGACCGUUGCACCUGCCACUUCAGUAGCAGUUUCAUCAAGUCCAGCUUAUGUUUGUGCCAAUGGAUAAUAUUGGAAUAGUUAAUACUGUUCUCCAUGCAAAUCAUUACCAACUUCUGGUAAACCUAAUGCUAGUGCAAAUGGUUAUUGUGUAUGUUCCACUUACUUAGACUGCACUUCUAUAGUUUGUAAUUCUGGAUAUGCUUUAGUUCAAAAGUAUAAAAUAAUAUUAAUUUAUUAGUACAUGUCAAGAAAUUCCAAAAGGAUGUUAAACAUAUAUAAUUAGUAAUGAUGGUACAACUUUAAUUUGUACUGCAUGUAUUGCUUCCUAUUCACUUGUAUCAAAUGUUUGUGUACCAAGUCAAAAUUGCCAAUAAUUCAGUACUACAACUGGUAAUUGUGUUUAAUGUGCUUCUGGUUUCUACUUGAAUUGGUAGUAUAACUCCUUUGUUUCAUAAGUUUCAACAGAUGCAAAUCCAUAUUUCAAUAAUUUCCCCUCUUAAUGUUCAGCUUGCACAAUAUCUAAUUGUAUUACAUGCACUGGUCCAACAGUCUGUACUACUUGUCAAAAUGGAUACUUCUGGUAAACAUCAUAAUAUCUUCAAUAACCAUCAAAUGGAUCAUAAGGAAGUUGUUAACCAUGUAUGUAAGGAUGUUAGACUUGCUCAAAUAAUCAAUCAUGCUAAACUUGUUUCUCUGGAUAUUAUAUGGUCUAUCCAUAUUCAGGAAUUAACUAUUGUUAACUUUGUUCAACUGUUCCUGCAAUAUCUAAUUGUUUGACUUGUGAUACUUCUUAAACUGCCCCACAUGCUUAAUCAUUAAUUCCAACAUGUAGAUCUUGUCCAUCUGGAUACUACUUAUAUAGUGGAAAAUGUGUUGUAUGUACUGGUGGAUGUUUAGCUUGUGAUGCUGAUAAUAGUUGCACAUAAUGUGUUUCUCAAGGAUAUGCAUAUGAUUAAACAAAUAAGAAAUGUGUUGCUUGUUCUACAAUUACAGGAUGUACUUCAUGUUCUUAUAAUGGAACUCAAUUAAAUUGUUCAGCUUGUUAAGAUUUAUAUUAUCGUAACACUACCAAUAAUAUUACAACAUGUUCAUUAUGCAGUGCAGUAGCUGGUAAGAACUAUUUAAGAUGUGUAUCAUCAACAAGUCCAACUUAAUGUUUAGAUAAUUUCUAUUUGAAUGGAUCCAGUUGUAUGCCUUAAAUUUCUAAUAAUAAAUGCUUAACCUAUGAUAAUAACUCAGGUUGUACAUCUUGUAUUACUGGAUACAUUAUAGUUGGUAAUACAUGUUAAUUAUGUACAUCAACCAAUGCUUAAUGUAUAAAAUGUUAAGUAAUUGCUAACACUGGAUCAAGUUAAUCUGCUUCUUUACAAUGUGCUGCCUGUUAAACUGGAUAUUAUUUAACAACAUCAUAUGGAUGUACAGCAUGUCCAAAUGUCAAAGGAUGUGAAGUUUGUAAUUCUGCUGGAUGUUAAACUUGUUCUUCUGGUUUUUAUCCUACUGCAGUUACUACAGAUACCAAUAAUUCAACUGGUACAUCAACAUCUAAUAAUACUGUCACUUGUAACAAUUGUGUUUCCAACUGUUAAAUUUGUUAAUAAGCUAAUGUAAUACAAUUAACUUAUUUUUAGUCUUGUACCAAAUGUGCUGAUGGUUACUUCCUUGUUACUACCACUUCCUCUGGAACUAAUUCAGUCACUACUAGUAGUUGCUUUGCUUGUCAACCAGAAUGUUAAACUUGUGUUGCACCAGGCACUACUUGCACAUCCUGUAUAGCUGGCUACGUGUUCUAGAAUGGAGGUUGUGUUACUUUAGCAUAAGCUAAUUGUUACUCUGUUGGAACAAAUGGUUGUGCUAUUUGUAAAUAUGGCUAUUAUUUAAAUAAUGGAGUUUGUUAUUAAUGUCUCAACCCAUAAGCAGAUGUAUUAAUUAUUAAUAUUAUCUUAGUUUCUAUGUACAAAUCCAGUAGACAACCUUUUCACAUCAGCAACACCAUAAUAAUAAUGAA